UACUAGGCAACCUUGUUGAGGCAAGCAAAUGUGAGGAUGAAGGCUCUGCAAGCAGCUCUGCUGGAAGCCUGGCAGAUGAGCUGGUGAUGUGGUGGUGUAAGGUGGAGUUCAGCUUUAAGGGGCGUUGCUUAAUCUUCUACAAUCUUUACAGUCUCAGGCAGAGAAAUAACUGGAGCUAUGCCCUGUCCUCCCUCUGUCUUUCUCUUCAUGAAUUGUCCAUCUCUCACUACAAAUAUCAGCUGAAACUGAGAUCCCAGCAAGGACUGUGAAAUGGCUUUGGACACAAAAGACUUUAAUAACAGAACUGCUAUGAAAGAAGAAAACGGCACCUUUGCAACUUCAUCCUCUAAUUUUCCUGCCUGGGAGGAUUACAACAGCAGUGUGGAUGACAUACGAUACUUUCUAAUUGGGCUGUAUACGUUUGUAAGCCUUCUUGGAUUUAUGGGAAAUCUCCUAAUUCUUCUGGCUAUUUUCAAAAAACGCAAACAGAAAACUAUAAUUAACUACCUCAUUGGAAACUUGGCUUUUUCAGAUAUUUUAGUUGUGCUGUUCUGCUCACCAUUCACUUUGACAUGUGUCUUGCUUGACCAAUGGAUCUUUGGUGAAGUCAUGUGUCAUGUUGUGCCUUUUCUCCAGUGUGUCUCUGUUCUAAUUUCUACCUUAAUGCUCAUGUCUAUUGCCUUAGUGAGGUUCCACAUGAUAAAACAUCCUCUUUCGACCAAUCUGACUGCAAACCAUGGAUACUUUUUGAUUGCUACUGUCUGGACACUUGGCUUCACCAUAUGUUCUCCAUUACCGGUCUUUCAUAAAAUUAUAAAUUUAAGAGAAGCAUUUAAUUUAGAACCAAUCAUGAAUAGUUACUUGUGCGUAGAGUCCUGGCCAUCUGAUUCCUACAGAAUUGCCUUCACAAUUUCUUUAUUACUGGUACAGUAUAUUUUGCCAUUGUCUUGUCUUACAAUAAGUCAUACAAGCGUUUGCAGAAGCAUUAGCUCAAGAUUACCCAACAAAGAAGUGAAAGUUGAAGAAAAUGAAAUGAUCAAUUUGACCCUUCAACAACCAAAAACAAGUAAAUCAGAGGUGGAAAUUUGUAGCAGUCAAAAGUGGAGUUAUUCUUGUGUACGAAAACAUAGAAAGCGGUACAGCAAAAAAACUGCAAGCGUUGUCCCUGCAAUACUAAGGCGGCAUCAAGAGAGUAAUACUGGUGAUAUUCCAGAGAUGUCUACCACAGAGAGGAGCCACACAUUACCCACUAGUAUGCACACUAGUGUUCACACUUUACCUUCAAGUGUCUAUCUACCAGGAGUUCCCAUAUGUUUUGAGAUAAAGAGAGAAGAGAAUUCUGAGGUAAAUAACAUUAACUCUGUAUCUAAAUCGAUAACGCGGAUAAAGAAGAGGUCUAGGCGUGUUUUCUGUCGACUAACAGUAUUGAUCUUGGCUUUUGCUGUAAGUUGGAUGCCACUUCACCUUUUUCACCUUGUAACUGACUUUAAUGCCAAUCUAAUUUCCAAUCGACAUUUCAAAUUAGUUUAUUGCAUCUGUCACUUGCUUGGCAUGGUCUCCUGCUGUCUAAAUCCCAUACUCUAUGGAUUUUUAAAUGAUGGUAUAAAAGCAGAUUUGAUGUCUCUCAUCCAGUGUUUUCAGAUAUCGUAGACUGAUCCAGCUGUUGCAUUUUCCUCUCUAAAAGCAUAUCACCUGGAUACCUGAAUGGUUUUGAAGUUUAAGUUUUACUUGGUAACAUAAUAUUUUCCAGUAAAAUAGAUGGUCUCAGCUAAUGUUAUUAUACAGGCAAUACACACAAGGCUACAUAUGAUCUCUGUGAGGUCUAUUUUUAAUCUCUUUGUUACUGUAAAAAGAGACAACAUUCCACAUAUUGACCCUUCAAGAUUAGGAAUAUUUAUAACAUACAUAUAUAUUUAUGAUCUCCUCAUUUUCUCAUUAUUGAUCUUAAUAUAAAUCCCUCAGUAGUUACAGUCAGGUCCAUAAAUAUUGGGACAUUGACACAAUUGGAACAUUUUUGGCUCUAUACACCACCACAAUGGAUUUGAAAAGAAACAAACAAGAUCUGCUUUAACUGCAGACUGUCAGCUUUAAGGGUUGUGUGUAUUAGAUACAGUUCGUCUGGCACUGCAUAUAUUAAAUUCAAGCUAACGUAUGAGGCAGCAUACAAUGAACGCUGGAAGUUCAAGAGAAAGGAGGUGCUCACGCCCGUAAUGCACAAAUCGCUUCCAACAAAUGGCAUCUAAAGAAAAUUGCAAGGCAAACACUCACCACUCUUCUGGUAAUAUUUUCUUGUUUCUCCUUUUUUCAAGUUGUUCACAUAACAAAGUGCAUAAUGUGCAAGGACAAGCAGCUGGCGGCAGUGCCGAGAGAGCUCUUCAAACAUGUAACAGCCGGUUCGUAGUACAAGACUACUUCAUCAGACCCUGAUGAAGGGUCUGAUGAAGUAGUCUUGUACUAUGAGUUCUGAAGCAUUUUGCUGAAUAUGAGCAGAUAAUAUUGCCUGAAACACUUCAGAAUUCAUCCUAAUGCUUUUGUUAGGAGUCACAUUAUCUAUAAAUACAAGAGAAGCAGUUCCAUUGGCAGCCAUACAUACCCACGCCAUGACACUACCACCACCAAGCUUCACUGAUGAGGUGGUAUGCUUAGGAUCAUGUUCCUUUCCUUCUCCAUACUCUUCUCUUCCCAUCACUCUGGUAUAAGUUGAUCUUGGUCUCAUUGUUCCAGAACUGUGAAGGCUUUUUUACAUGUCAUUUGGCAAACUCUAAUCUGGCCUCCCUGUUUUUGAGGCUCACCAAUGGUUUUCCUCUUGUGGUGAACCCUCUAUAUUCACUCUGGUGAAGUCUUCUCUUGAAGACUAUUGACUCUGACACACACAUACACCUACCUCAUGGAGAGUGUUCUUGAUCUGGCCAACUGUUGUGAAGGGUGUUUUCUUCACCAGGGAAAUAAUUAUUCGGUGAUCCACUACAGUUGUUUUGCUUGGUCUUCCUGGUCUUAUGGUGUUGCUGAGCUCACCGGUGUGUUCCUUCUUUUUAAGAAUGUUCCAAACAGUUGUUUUGGCCACGCCUAAUGUUUUGGCUAUCUCUCUGAUGUGUUUUUUUUUUUUUUUUCAGCCUAAUGAUGGCUUGCUUCACUGAUAGUGACAGCUCUGUGGAUCUCAUAUGGAUCAACAUUAGGCGUGGCCAAAACAACUGUUUGGAACAUUCUUAAAAAGAAGGAACACACCGGUGAGCUCAGCAAUCUCAUAUUGAGAGAUGACAGCAACAGAUUCCAAAUGCAAAUAUCACACUUGAAAUGAACUCUGUACCUUUUAUCUGCUCAUUUUAAUCGGGAUAAUGAGGGAAUAACACACACCUGGCCAAGACAAUUGUCCCAUUACUUUUGGUCCCUUAACACUAUCCAGUAGCCUACCACUAGGCACAUAUGCAAACUGUUAUAAUUCCUACAGCAUUCAUCUGAUAUGGAUGUAAAUACCCUCAAAUUAAAGCUGACAGUCUUCAGUUAAAGCCCAUCUUGUUUGUUUAAUUUCAAAUCCAUUGUGGUGGUGUAUGGAGCCAAAAAUGUUACAAUUGUGUCGAUGUCCCAAUAUUUGUGGACCUGACUGAAUAAGACUAUAAUGUAACAUGGUCAUACUUGCUUUUGUUUAAACUUUGGUCUUAAAAAAAGAAAACUGGAUCUGUUUUCAUUGUUCAUAUUAGUUAUAUGAAGGGAGACUUGUUCUCAUUUGUAAGAACAAUAUAAAUUCAUAAAUGUAAAAUAAAUCAUUGCUGUUGUAAAAUAAUAAUUUAUAUUUUUAAUUAUUUCAUACUGUACUUGAAAAGCUUUAAAAUGUUUUUAUUUAUGUGGCUUUACUGUGAUAAGACUGACUGCAUAUUACAAUAUUGUACAAGAUUCUUACUUCUAUAUGUCUUUAUAUUUUUUAAUUAUUUCAUUGUAUUUCAUUGUUGCAUUAUAUAAUAAUGUUGGUUAAAUACACAUCAUUGUUCAUAACAGCAUCAACAAUAAAAGAGCAGUCA